CCUUCGAGAGAGAGGUUUAUGGAAUCUCUUCACCCAGCCGGCUUAAUGGGUUAAUGAUUUGAUAUAAAAAGAUACAACUUUUGUCCCCAAACAACAAUUUUGAAGCCAGUUCUGUUUUAGGUUUAGCAGAAUCUUGCUUUGCUGGGAGGUGUAACAGUCCAUGGAUGCCGUCCAUAAUGACGAUAAUGGACAUGGAAAUGAAAUUUCAGGUACCAAAGAUUCUCCGAAAGUUGAAGUUCAUACUAAUGGAGAUGAUUACAGUGAGUCAAAUACUUUAUUGCCACCAAAGAAAGGUGGGAUAUCAAGAAAAUCUGAAAAACCCGAGCGAAAAGUCCAAUGGAAUGAUAGAAAUGGGAAUAAACUCGCAGAGAUUUUGGUGUUUGAACCAAGUGAUGUGAGCGAUUCCGAUGACGAGGAGUCGGACUCGGAUUCCUGUAUAUGUACAAUAAUGUAGAUGAAAUAUGGGAAGCAAUCAGGGAUUAUCUGCUGGAAAGAUCAAUUUUUGGGGCUUCAGUUUCCACCUUGAUUUUGGUGAUUUUGCUACAAGACAGCCUCCUUGGUUACUGCUUGCUUUUGAAAGAAUAGAUUAAAACUUCAUUACAUGAACUCGAGUGUGAGUGUUGGAUACGAGUACUUGAAGAAAAAUGAAGAGUCGAGGUAACGUAAGAUUGAAAGGUCCAGAAGCUGAGCAAGACAGUCUCUCGUAUAUUUGCAGUUCUCUCGAAUUGGAGCUCCUUAUCAUUUCACAGUGAAGAUAUGAGAAUUCCAUGGGCCUUGUCUUAGAAAUGGAAGCAGAUAAAGAUGAUGGUUAUCUUUCUUGCAUAAUGUAUAUUGACUGCUCGUUAUGAUCCUUCUUCCCCCCCCCCCUUUUUUGCCCCUUGUAUGUUGAUAUUCACUUUUGUACAACAAUCAAGAAAUCACAUUCCACAAUAGCAAAAU